UGUUUGGACUGACAAACAAACGAACAAAACGAAGGCAGUAACGUCACUUCCGCGAAGUUAUCACACACACGCAUACUCUCUUCUCUUUCUGCUAUACUUUUCUCUCGCCGUCGAUUCACCGGAACCCUAAUUAGAUCCGACAGGCUCUCAAGACUCCGCGGUAGAUGAGCGUACGAUUGAGGAGCAGUUGAGAGAUCAAACGGGCCGGAUUUCGUCACCGGAUGGAGGGAGAGCAAAGAUGUUACCUGGUUUGCUUUCAAAUGGGAUACACCCAUGGAUUAUGAUGAUAAUGAUUUUCAAAGCCAGAAUCUGCAUUUAGCUGGUGAAGGAAGCACCAAAUUUCCACCGGUUUUACAGCCAUAUGCUUUACCCAAGUUUGAUUUUGAUGACAGCCUUCAGGGGCAUUUAAGGUUUGAUAGUCUGGUUGAAACAGAGGUUUUUCUUGGUAUCGAAAGUAACGAAAAUAACCACUGGAUUGAAGAUUUCUCUAGGGGGAGUAGUGGGAUAGAGUUCAAUUCAACUGCAACAGAAUCUUGCUCUAUAGCAAGGCGCAACAAUGUUUGGUCUGAGGCCACUUCCUCAGAAUCUGUUGAAAUGCUAUUAAAAUCAGUUGGUCAGGAAGAAAUUAUUCCCAGACAACCUGUUGUUAAGGAGUCAGAUGCAUGUGAUGAACUGGGUCUCUUAGGAAAGCAAAUGGAGCCUAGUCCAGUUCAUGAUGAUAAAAUUGUCCCCCCAAAACGGGAUAUUACAGAUUUACAGUCUACGUUACUGCAGGAUGAGAUUCAUGAAAACUUUUCUGGGUUAAAAGGGGAUGUACUAGUGGAGCAGCCUCAUGUUGAAGAUACUUUACUAUCUCGUGAAGAUGAGUUUUCAGUGGGUGGAACAUCAGGAGAGCAGAAUCAAAAUGAUGCAAGUGUAAAGAGCGGUGUGCCUGUUAUUGAGGGAAGUCUAUUGGCUGUUGGUAAAUCUGAUGUUAGAAAUAGAAGGGAUGUUGAUGCUUUGGCUGAUGAACAUCUGGUUGACAAAACACAUAGAGAUUCUUCUGAUUUAGUGAUGCAAGUUGGUAGUGUGGUUACAUAUGCACAGAAUAUCAUUACAAGUGGUGAUGAGGUGAAAAAUGAAGAUCUUCAACAUCAAGUACACGAGCUUAGCGAUAUGGAUUCAAAUGGACUGCAAGCAGGAAAUGGUGGGAGAGAGGAGGAAUUUCAUGUUUUAAGCAAAGAUGCUGAAAUGGCUGAUCGAAAUUUGGAUGAAGAUGCAGUUGAAAGUGGUACUUCCUAUGCAGAAAGUCAUCUUGGCUCAACAUCAAAGGUAGAAUCUGUGCAAGAAGGAAAUGGAAUUGGAAAUUGCAUCAGUAGGGUUGACAAGCCUUUUAGUAUGGUAGACAAGAGUGAUUCCAACUUGCACGUGGUGGAACAAUGCUCAGAGGAUGUAAUGUCCAGAAUUCCGAAUGAGGCCAGUAAAUGUGAUAUGGUUCUGUUUAAAGACACCAAUGUUUGUGAUCCCUCUAAAGUAAAUACACAUGAUGUGUUGCCAGUGGCCCUCAAAGAUGAUAUUAGUAAUGAGGGAUAUAUGGUACAAGUUGGCAAUCCUAAAGUGUCACUAACAUAUGGACAAGAAAAAGCUGCUGAAAAGGAUGUUGUUUUGUUAGAAGGUAGCCAACAUUUAGAUGGUGAGGUCUUGGCGAGUAAAAGUGAGGGUACUUCUUCAUCCAAGGAGGACGAUAAAGUUUCUGAAAUUGAAGGUAAUGAAAACAGUAAUAGUCAUGGGGGUGGAACUUCUAGUCUGACUUUGGCGUGCUCUUCGGCUGAUUUGCUUAAGGAAACACAUGGGACUGAAUCUCUGAAAGAAGUUGAUGAUGUUUUAGGAGUUUCCAAGGAAAACCUGAUUGCUGAAGAACAUGUUUCGUCUUCCAGUCGACAUGAAUCCAGUCAAUCAUGUGAAGAAGAUAACAUUUAUGGGAAGGGUGGUAUUCCUAAACGUGAUAUAGAUGCUUCGAUUAGGAAAAAGGUUGGUGGAUCUCUUAUCAUUGACGAGGGAGUUGGGAGCUCAUCUUUUUGUGAAGGUAGUACAGGAAAUGAGUCGUUGGUUUCAAAAUUACAAUUUGACGCAACUGUUGGCAAUGAAUCAGCAUCAAAUGCUACCUUGGAAAAUGCGAAUGUCGCAUCCUGUGACACAAUGGCUGUUGUUCUUUCACCUUCUGAUGAUGGUAUAACUGCGGAUAGAAUUAUUGACUGCAGAGAGGUUCAAAUAACAACUUCUUCUGUUAAGGGGAUUAUCCACUUGGAUAAACAGGAGCCAAGUACUACCGAACUAUCUACUGAUGGAAGAAUAUCUAAUUUGACAGAAUCUUCAGAAGUGAAAAAUGAACAAGGUCCUGUUUCUGAAACUGAAAAAGAUGCAUCUUUGGAUUCUGCCAAUAAGUUGUCACGAGAAACAGAUGAUCGAUCUGUGUCAAAUCCAGAAACUUGUAAUGCAGAAAGGCAUAGUGAAGUUCAAACAACAGUUGCUAGUGGAGUUAAUCAGCAAUCUUCUCGGGGAAUGGAAAUCCAUGCUGUUAUCUCUGAUAUAGCAGCGGACGUGGGUGAUGGUGAGAAUGCAUCCUUGGAUGUUUCAGGUGAUGUUUCAAGAGUUAAUGAAGGUUCCUUGUCUUCUGCCAUUUUGCCUGAAUCUAAAAAUAAAUUAUGUGCACUGGAAAGUGUAAGUACGUCUGACAAUCUUGAUAAACCUACUGGUUCCCCUAAUAUCAUAAGAACUACAGAGCUUUCUUUGAGAGAAAAUGAAAAGAACCAAGUGAAAGCAUCUAUAGAAGAGGGAGUCAAUGGGUCCACAGAUCAGAACGCUCCUGUUUCUGAGGUCAUUGACGUGGAUGCCAAUAAUGUUUUGUCUAUAUCUGGGAAUCCAAAAGGAAGUGACACCUCCAAAGUGGAGAAGAGCUUUGCUUUUGAGAUCAGUUCAUUUGCAGAUCUGUCUAGAAACGACACCGGCAAGAAUUCAGAACCCUUUCCUUCUAUUUCUGCUGGCAAAGUUGCACCCAUUGUAGAGGGUUCUCCUUCAACUUCUGGCUUAGUCCCAAAGGAUGCAAAGAUUUCACAAGAUAUUUCUCAUGGAAGUCCACAAGUAUCUGAAGGACAAAUUACACGUGGUCGUUCAAAGGGUACUCAUGAGCGUAAAACAAAGCGAGGAUCUGCUAAGGCAACUGGAAAGGAAACUGCUAAAAGAGGAAAUCAUGUGAAAGAAACCACUCCUGCGAGACAAUCAGAAAGAGGAGACAAAUCAACAAAUGUGUCCUUGAGCCCAUCUGCGAUUUUCCAGUUUGUGCAAUCCAGUGAAAUGCAGCACUAUGGGCAUAUUGAAGGCAGUAAUGCGAAACCAAUUUUUCUUCUUACUGGUUCGACAUCAAGUCUGCCAGAUUUGAAUACUUCAGGUUCACCAUCUACAGUGUUUCAGCAGCCUUUCACAGAUUUGCAGCAAGUGCAAUUGCGUGCUCAGAUUUUUGUUUAUGGAGCUUUAAUUCAAGGAACAGCACCUGAGGAGGCACAUAUGAUAUCAGCUUUUGGUGGACCUGAUGGGGGGAAGAGCAUUUGGGAGAUUGCCUUGCGUGCCUGCAUGGAAAGGUUGCACGGUCAGAAGUCACAACCCAUCACCCCUGAAACCCCUUUGCAGUCACGUCUGGGUGUGAGGGCUUCUGAACAAGCAAUUAAACAAGCUUCACUUCAGAGUAAAGGUAUCUCCUCACCUCUUGGUCGAACCAGCAGCAAGGGUAUUCCAGCAGUUGUAAAUUCAAUGAUACCCCUCUCAUCACCACUGUGGAAUAUUCCUACCCCUUCUUGUGAUGCCCUGCAAUCUAGUGUCAUGCCAAGAAGUUCAGUCAUGGAUUAUCAACAGGCACUGACUCCAUUGCAUCCUUAUCAAAGUCCAGUUAGAAACUUUGUCGGACACAACACGUCGUGGAUAUCUCAGGUCCCCUUUCAUGGUCCCUGGAUGGCUUCUCCUCAAACUUCUGCACAUGAUGCCAGUGCUCGUGUUUCUGUGUUGCCUAACACAGAAACAAUUAGAUCAACACCAAUAAGAGAGCUAUCAAUGCCACAAUCCUCGGCAGCAAAACAUGUCCCUACUGGUCCAAUGGUUCAUAGUGGGGUUGCUACUGGUGCUCUCCUGCUUGAUCCAAAAGUAGCAGCAGUAACACCUGGACAGAAUUCUAAAGAUUCAAAGCCUAGAAGAAGGAAAAAGGUUCCAGUUUAUGAGGAUCUUGGCCAGUUUGUUUUGCAAAGUCAAUCUCAACCAAAACCAGUUGCAAAUCCUGUUACUAGUCACCUGUCUACCUCUGUGUCUGUUACAACUCAAACUGGCUUUGCUUGUAAAGCCACUUCAGAGAAAUUCGUCAUAUCCGAGUCUCCUAUGUUGUCCGCUGAGAUCCACAAAAGGGGAGACCAAGACGUAGAGCAGAGGGCUGCUUUGUCAGAGGAGACCCUUGGUAAAGUUAAGGAGGCUAGGUUACAGGCAGAGGAUGCUGCUGCUCUCUCUGCUGCUGCAGUUAGUCAGAGUCAAGAAAUAUGGAGUCAGAUGGAAAAGCAAAAAAAUUCUGGUUUGGUACCAGACACUGAAGCUAAAUUAGCUUCUGCUUCAGUUGCAAUUGCAGCAGCUGCUGCUGUUGCAAAGGCAGCUGCUGCAGCUGCAAAUGUUGCAUCAAAUGCUGCAUUGCAAGCGAUGCUAAUGGCAGAAGAAGCAUUUAUUUUAAACGGUUAUGGUCAUCCUGGUCAAAAUAAUGGAGCUUCUCUAGAAAAUGCUACUUCUGCAUCUAUCUUGAAGGGUGAAAAUGGAACGAACAGUUCUAGCUCAAUUAUUAUUGCUGCCAAGGAGGCUGUUAGAAAGAGGGUUGAAGCUGCUUCGGCUGCUGCUAAAAGAGCUGAAAAUAUGGAUGCAAUUGUUAAAGCUGCUGAGCUGGCAGCCGAGGCUGUAUCACAAGCUGGAAAGAUUGUUGCUAUGGGUGAUCCUUUGCCAUUACGUGAGCUAGUAGAAGCUGGUCCAGUUGGCUAUUGGAAAGUAUCCAGAGAUUCUUCAGAGCUAAUUUUGAAAUCUAGUGACAGGAAUAGAGAUCUAAAUAAUGACAGUGUUAUAGGAGGUCCAUAUACUUCGACAAAGUAUUCAAAAGAGGGACCCUCAGACAAGCAAAUAACUCAGAUUACUGCACAGGAAAUAUCACCAAUUCUAACAGAGAUGCCGAGGGAAUCAUUGGAGGAUCAUAGUAGAUUGGUAGAUGGCAUUUCAGGUACUGUUACGACUAAUGAAAAGGAUUCAAGAGGACAAAAGGGCCGAAAAGUUUCUGAUUUGGCCAAGACUAUUGAUGUGGUUCCUGAGUCUGAGAUUGGAUUAAGAUCUUCCAGCACCAUUAGGAAGGAGUAUGCAAACGCUGUGGAAACCUUUAAACAGAAUAGCAUCAAGGAGGGUUCACUUGUAGAGGUUCUUAAAGAUACAGAUGGAUUUAAAGCAGCUUGGUUCACAGCCAAUGUAUUGAGUUUGGAUGAUGGGAAAGCUUAUGUGGCUUAUACUGAACUUCAAACAGAUGAUGGGGAAGGACAGCUAAAAGAAUGCAUUGCGCUUCAAGGUGAAGGAGACAAGCCACCAAAAAUACGAGCUGCCCGUCCUGGUACUGCCUUGCGAUAUGAAGGAACGAGGAAGAGACGUAGAGCAGCCAUGGGGGACUAUAAUUGGUCUGCUGGAGAUAGAGUUGAUGCAUGGAUUAGAGACAGCUGGUGGGAAGGUGUUGUCACUGAAAAGAACAAGAAAGAUGAGACUGCAUUAACUGUCCAUUUUCCAGCUCAAGGAGAAACAUCAGUUGUGAGAGCCUGGCAUCUUCGGUCAUCUCUUGUUUGGAAGGAUGGGGAAUGGAUUGAGUGGUCCAAUUUGCGAGAAAAUGCCUGUGCUUCCCAUGAGGGUGAUACGCCACAGGAAAAACGACUCAAAUUGGGCAGUCCAGUAGCAGAGGCCAAAGGGAAGGAUAAGAUGUUAAAAAGUAAGGAUGUAGAAACAGGAAAACCUGAAGAAUCAAGACUAUUGGAUUUAUCAGCGAAUAAUAGGAUUUUCGAUGUUGGUAAGAACAGCAGAAAUGAGAAAAAGCCUGAUGGUCACAGAACAAUACGAACUGGUUUGCAGAAGGAAGGAUCGAGAGUGAUUUUUGGUGUUCCUAAGCCUGGAAAGAAGAGAAAAUUCAUGGAAGUAAGCAAACAUUAUGUUGCGGGUCAGAGCAAUAAGAUUACUGAAGCAAAUGACUCUUUCAAAUUACUCAAAUAUUCGUUGCCUCAAGGAUCAGGAUCCCGUGGAUGGAAAAAUAGUUCUAAAAGUGAUUUGAAGGGAAAACAGCUUACUGAAACCAAGCCCAGAGCUCUUAAGUCUGGAAAAGCGCAAAGUGUCCCUAGUAGAAUUAUUCCAGCUAAGGACAACCUUUUGAGUGCAGUUUCUGCUCCUGAUGGUGGUUCUCUGACAGAUCAUUCAGCGAAAGGGAAGGAUUCUGCAAGUCAUGCUGAGAAUCUAGCAGGAAAGAACAACAAGAUGGAAAUUGGAUCACUUUCUAGCACUGAAGGAGUCACAGAGGGCCCGCUUUUAUUUACUUCCCUGGCUCCUUCAUCUGAUGGAUCCUCCAGGAAAGUUUCCACCUCAAACAAGAAAUCAGAAAGAGCGAAUAGAGGAAAACUUGGCCCCGCUGGUGGAAAGUUGUCUAGAAUUGAAGAGGACAAAGUUUUUAACAGCAAUCCUGCAAAACCAACCUCUGAAACUGUUGAGCCUCGUAGAUCAGUUCGCAGAAUUCAACCAACUUCGAGACUACUAGAAGGACUGCAAAGCUCAUUGAUCAUCUCAAAGAUUCCUUCUGUUUCGCACGACAAGGUUCACAAGAGUCAUAAUAAGAGUGCAUCUAGGGGGAGUAACAAUGGUUGAAAGGAGCAUUUGCUAUGGAGGACUCCAGUCCUGAAAAUUUUAAUCAUUGGAUGACCAACACACCAAGCUUAGUUUGUGUAUAUUUAUAGUAGGGAAGGGUUAGGAAUGGAAAUUCUUGCUUCCUGUUGUUUAGUCAAUAUCUAGUGGGUAGAUAAUAUUGGUUUUAAUUUCUUCAAAAGUAUACUCUAGAUCCUCCCCUAUUAGGUUGUAUAUGGAAAUUUCUCCAUGUAAUUGGGCUUGAAAUUACUGAGGAAGUUUGUAGAUGAUCAAUCAGGAGAUGCUGCUGCUUCUUUUCUUGCUGA